AUGAUCCCUUCAAUGAUGGGACGAGACCAGGGCCGAGGCCAACACCACGAAUACGAAAGUAGUACAGUGCAAAGCAGAAAGGGAAAGAAGGUAAGGUUUUGGUCUUUAUUAUUUAAAUUUAGGUAAAUUGUUGCAUAAACUGUAGUUGGAGAAUUAACUUACUGUUACUAUUAGAUUGGCCUGUUAUGGGCUUCGGUUCCAAAAUUUUCUGAACUUUAUUAUAAACUAUAUUUUGUUCUAAUUAUUGUUGUUAAUCAAUUUAAUGAAAUUCAGAAAAUUUUGGAACCGAAAUCCAUAACCGGCCAACCUAAUACUUUUUUACGUUAUAUUCUCUUUGACGCUCCUUAAAUAAAGUUCGUUAUAGGAUGAUAAAGAAGGUGGAUUCUUGGGAAAGUUUGGAACAUUGACGAGAAGAAAGAAGUCUGUCCCUCCAGAAGAACGUGGACACUCAGCCGAGAAAGAGCAGUUGACCAAGGAGCAGAAGGAAGAAAAAGAAGCAGAGUUAUUGGAGAAAGAAGGAAAAGAAACACUCGAAAGCUGUUUGGUACUUCAUCAACCUGAUCUGAAGCUGUUGGAAGAUGGUAAGUCACAUCUUAGAACAGUUACUUGGAUAUCAUAAUGAUUAAUAGCGUCAAAUCGCCUUUCAAUGAUUUUUUUAAAUUUAAAAUUUUAGGACAAAGUGUUCGUGUUUUGGUCCCAGAAUCUCGGGAUGAUGCUCAGGUCAAUGAGAUCGUUAAUCAGUUGUUGUACUGGGUGAAUGAUGAACUUGCCGAUGAAAGAAUAGUAGUUAGAAACGUACAAGAAGACUUCUACGAUGGCCAAAUCGUCCAGAAGUUGUUGGAAAAGCUGGCUGACAUCAGAAUCGAGAUCCCGGAAGUGUCCCAGUCAGAAGCCGGCCAGAAGGAGAAGUGGAAUGUUCUUGUAGAUGCCUUGAACAGGAACAUUCAUGCUCAAGGACCAGUGUCAAAGCGCUGGAACGCUGAACUUAUUCACCAGAAAGAUGUUGUAGCCAUUCUCCAACUUUUGAUUGACUUGGCUCUUCAUUUCCGUGCACCUGUCAGAUUCCCAAACAAUGUCAACGUUCAGAUGAUUGUGUACACUAGAAAUGGUCGCCAAAUUACCAAAAGCUUCCAGACAGAGCAAUUGACUGGAAAACAAAGUGAUCUACCCCCACCGAAAGGAGAAAGGGAUGCAUUUGACACUUUGUUUGACUAUGGCCCUGACAAACUACAACAUGUCAAGGGCAGUUUGGUUGCCUUCUGCAACAAACACCUGAACAAGAUCAACUUGGAGGUCACGGACUUGGAGACUCAGUUCCAGGUGGGUUUAUUUUGAAAAAAUAGAGUAACUCUGUUGGUUCCGGGUUUUUCAUUGACAUUAUUGUUAUGUUUGAUAAUGCUUUUUAUUUUGAAAUAAUUUUUGAAUUAUCAGGAUGGAGUAUUCCUGAUCCUCCUGAUGGGCCUUCUUGAGGGCUACUUCGUUCCAUUGUACAAGUUUUCCCUUCAAGUAACCUCACACGAAGAAAAGCUAAAGAACGUCAACUUUGCCUUCUUCCUGAUGGAAGAUAGUGGAAUCCAGAAGCCGAAAACUCGACCACACGAUAUUGUAAAUGGUGAUUUGAAGAGCACAUUGAGAGUGUUACACGCUCUCUUCACCAAGUACAAGCAUGCUUAA